AUGGGAUUCAUAGAACCAGGAAGACCGCUAUAUAAGAAGGAAAGGUUUCUAAACUACAAAUAUAUCCUUUCGUCUCCAAGGCGACUCCGUGCCACGUCUCGCAACCUUCACAAACCAAAAUCGCAUGACACAUCUGACCCUAUCGCCAGCUCCAUGGCACCCCGCAAAUGCUUUGAGAGUUUACCAUUCAACAUCAUUUGCGAGAUCUUUGUUCUUGCAGGUCCAAACAACAACUUGCCGCUCGUGAACAAGAACAUGUACAAGAACUUGCAAUUCUCGGGCGAUGGCACAGACAGAAGGAACGAUGAGCCCGGAGACGAGCAUCUGGCCUUGUCGCUGUGGAACAACAUCUCGCUAGUCUUCUCCAUGAUCAAACGAUAUUUCCUAUUCGAUCUCAACACCAUGAUCGGGUCCGGCGCGGCGGUGCUAGAUUGCAAAAUCGACUUUUACCAGGGGGUGCUAGACGAGUUCAGCGCCACUUAUAUCGAAUGCGAGCGAAGUGGAUUUUACCAACUUUUCGCGCGCAACGUGCAGAUUGUGCGGGAUUUAUGGGCUGAGUACAAGUGUUGCGCGGGGCGGUUUGUCCUUGAGGAGUCCUUGUUGAACUAUAGGUUCUUGUCCAAGGCGUUAUUGGAGAAAUUGACGAGCAAGAAUUUGAGGCUCGGUCAAGCGGAAGAUGGUGACGAGGACGAGGAGAUGGAGAUGCUUCGGUUCAAAUCGCGCGAUGAGAUUGAGCUUAAUCGACAACUACGGUUGAAGUUCCUUCGGUUCAAGUUUUGGGAAUUGGACGUGUUGAGAUGGCAUGCAGAGGUGGAGUUGCGAUCGGGCCGGUUCGAAGACGUGUCGCAGUACCGCGAUUUCGCCAAGUAUCUACAACUUUUGAAUGGUACCCAGCUUGAAGUAAAUGAGGAUGAAGCAUCAUCGAACCCUCCACUACCGCACUAUGAAGAUGAUGAUGUGACAACUUGUCAAGGGUUCACAUUGGACGAGACAACGUAUUAUCAUUUCGAAUUCGGCUACUGUUUUGGCAGAACCUUUUUCGGCGAAACGGCGGCUUACACCAACCGUUGCCGGAUCCCACGACACUUGUACUUGAAAUCCAUCAAAUCGCUACGAGCUUUUCAACUCUUGGAGAGCUUGACUUACUUGAUCCCCAACGUCAGCACCGACUGCGAUCGAGUUCUCCUGGAUAUCGUGUACACGCUCGAUCCAUCGCGGAUACACUUUGACAUGCGCGUUCCCUUCUUGAGUGUAAUCAUCUUGGUGUUGCACGAUGGCGGCGAGCCCGACUCUCCGCCGACUCGACUCUUGGGAUCGUUGAUGGAGGCAUUCAGCUUAUAUGACAAGUACUCGAAAUUGGACUACAAGUCCUAUGGAACCAAUUCCAAGGGGCAGGACGUGUUGGAGAACUUGUACGAUGGCAUCAAGUACAUGUGUCUUUAUUUAUUGGGGUCGGAGACUGAUGAGAUUUUGAAAGAACACAAGAGACAGCUCUGGACGUUGGUCUUGAAGCUCAAGAAUUACGACUUGACUCAUCUCUUGUCCAAGUUCGCAGAGAGUCCCGAUCUCGAUAUCUUGAGUCAACAAUUAUAA